AUGGAUGCAUUAUGUUCUGAGUUACCAAACAGCUUUUGGGAAAUUGAUGUCCAGUACAUAUGUAAUGGAAGGGAGAGCAAUAGCGAAUGUUCUGAAGUACACGAUCAUCUACAGAAUUCUAGUAGUACAAUUCAUUCACCAAAUAAAAUAUCGAUAUCAGGUCGAGUCUCAAAGAACCUAUUUGAUGAGCACAAAAACCUCUCUUUGAUUUGCAAAUCAUCGUUAAAGUCUACCGGUUUUGAAACGAAUAAUCACAGAAUUAUUCAAAAAUCAUGUAUACAACUAUACUGUAAGAAAAAGGGGUUCAUACCCAUUGGCGACAGUCAUUUUCCAAGAACUUUCAUCGGAAUGCAGACAGAUUUUUUGGACGGUAGUCCUCGUCUUCUAUCACACUUGAAGGUUGGGGAUCAGAUUGGAACAGACGGAUAUAAAAGGGGUACACUUGGAGGUUUCGUUCAGGUUCGUGGAGAUAAAGCACUUUUGACAUGCCUUCACGUAUUUUUGAACGUCGAUGAACUUGCAUCGGACAAUAUUUCACUAGACGACGGAAAAAUAGUGGAAGUGAAACUUUAUAGGAAGAACAAGAGAUCAACUAAAUGUGGUAAAAUUAGAGAUAUAGCAUUCGAAAUGGAUAAUGCUGGAGAAACAAGCAUUGACGCAGCUUUGGUUGAAUUACAAAAAACCAAAAUUGAUAAUUCUGAUUAUGUUCAUACGGAGAAUAAACGGUUAUCAUUUACUGAUCUAGGUAUGAAGUCAGAGUAUCUAAAUGAUAGUUGGGUUGACCACAAAGAUCUAUGUUUCGGCCUAACACGACCAAUUUUACAAACUGCUAGCGUGGGUGCGGUAUCAGGAUAUUGGAAUGCAAUAGGCCCUUCGGCUAUGGAAAAUAAAGCAAGACACAUUGAAUUGGAAUCAAUCGAGGAAACAUACAGUAAAGCAAUUCUCGACGAAAUUAAACGAAUCGUAGAAGUUGUUAUCAAGGCUCUCAGACAAAUUCCUAUAGCAAUUUAUCCGGAUGACAGUACCAUUACAAGCUGUAUAGAACGUAAUUGUGAGCCGAACAUAUCACCUGAAAUUAAAAACAUCGUUAGUGAUGUUAUCAAAAACAUUUAUUCACCUAGUAAUCGUACAAGUAGUGUUGAAAUCGAUAGAUUAAUCCACGAAAUGGUUUUCUGUACAACACAGAGUAGAUUUUCUGCAAUAAUAGGCGACGUUCACAUGCAACAGGCUUUCCUUCGGCAAACCGGUACCAAUAUGACUAUAAAAAGAACAAUGCGCAGAGUAUACAAUCAGCUUUACAUAUCAAAUAUACCGUUUCGACCAGGUGACUCAGGCACAUGUAUAUAUGUGCUCAGUCCGAAACAGGGAUGUAUAGGAAUGGCAAUUGCUAACCAUCCACUCAAUGGAUGUAUUGCAACUCCCAUAUUGGACAUACUCAAACACUUCAAAUUAAGAAUCAAAUGA